UACGAGAGUGGGAGUCACGUCACGCCAGUGCAAUCCUACGGCAUUUGGGGUUUGACGUGUGACAGCAAACUGCAAUCGUAUCUGUUGCAGUCUGGUGUGUACGAUUUUGUAAACUGUCGGUAAUGAAAAAGUGAGAGAAAUGGCAGAAAGUAAAGGUGCGUUAAUUGCGAAAACAGUGCAAAAACAUGCUGGACGGGCGAAAGAAAAGUUGCUCCAGAACCUGGGCAAGGUGGACCGCACGCUGGACGACAUCUUCGAGGAGCACCUGCAGAACUUCAACCGGCAGCACCAGCAGGCGACGCGGCUGCAGAAGGAGUUCAAUAACUAUAUACGGUGUAUACGAGCGGUGCAAACGGCGUCAAAGAGCCUGAUGGAGGCGAUCACGGAGGUGUACGAGAGCAGCUGGUCGGGUCACGACCUGCUGUAUGUGCAGGCGCAAAGCAUGGAGAUGCUGUGGCAGGACUUCUCGCACAAGCUCGGCGAUCAGGUCCUCAUUCCGCUCAACACAUACACCAACCAGUUCCCGGAAGUCAGGAAAAAGAUCGAGAAACGCGGUCGCAAGCUGGUGGACUACGACGGACAGCGGCACAGCUUCCAGAAUCUGCAGGCAAAUGCCGCCAAGAGACGGGAUGACGUCAAGGUGACGAAGGGUCGCGAGCAGCUGGAGGAGGCGAAGCGCACAUACGAGUUGCUGAACUCUGAGCUGCACGACGAGCUCCCCGCGCUGCACGACUCGCGCGUCCUCUUCUACGUCACCAACCUGCAGACGCUCUUCGCCGCAGAGCAGCUCUUCCACUCCGAGACUUCCAAGGUGUACGCAGAGCUGGAGGCGAUCACGGACAAGUUGGCGACGGACUGUCAGCGCGGCUCCUACAGCAAGAAGACGGCCUCUCUGCCUCGCGCCAUCACCUCCGUCAACUCCAACACCUCCUCGCCGACAACACCCGCAACACCCGCACACAACGGCGCCAACCACAACAACGUGCAGAGAGCUCCGGCAGCAGAGAAUGUCAAUAAUAACGUGGACGGGAAGGACUCCAGCGUUGAGAAGGAGAGUGACAAAGAGAAUGAGAAAGAAGAGAAACAGAAGGAGAAGAAAGAUGUAGAGAAUCAAAACAAUGAGAACAAGAACGAUGAAGUUUACGAUAUACCAGUUGGAGCGACACUUGCGGGAUUGCCGGCGGGCACGCUGUACCGCGUGCGCGCCACGUACCGCUACACGCGCGAGGACAGCGACGAGCUGUCCUUCGAUGUCGGUGACGUCAUCCGCGUCGUCGAGUACGACGACCCCGACGAACAGGAGGAGGGCUGGCUGAUGGGUAUAAAGGAGUCGACCAAUGAGAAGGGCAUGUUCCCGGCCAACUUCACGCGGCCGAUUUGAGCCGCACAUUGCGACACAAAAUGGCCGACACGCGGAGUGUUACGUGUUUUCUCACACAGAAAUAUCGUUGUAACGUUAUUUAUAACGCCACGAAAUCACCUAACACUUCGUUAUUUGUUUAUAACUUUUAGUGUUUAGUUGUUGAGCGUUAUUAGAGAUCUAUAUAAUUAUUUAUUACGUGUUGUAUCACAACGAAUGUAUUAACGACUUACCCCUUUACUUUAUUUAACUCA